GCCAUGGCGGAGGAGGCAGCGGUGGCGGUGUGUGUGAGGGUGCGGCCUCUGAGCAGCAGAGAAAAAGAACUUGAAGAAGCUACACAGGUUUACUGGAAAACUGACAAUAAUGCUAUUUAUCAAGUUGAUGGGAGUAAAUCCUUCAAUUUUGAUCGUGUCUUUCAUAACAAUGAAACUACUAAAAAUGUAUAUGAAGAAAUAGCAGUGCCAAUCAUCGAUUCUGCCAUUCAGGGUUACAAUGGGACUAUAUUUGCCUACGGGCAGACCGCUUCUGGAAAAACACAUACUAUGAUGGGCUCUGAAGACUGUUUGGGAGUUAUACCCAGGGCAAUUCAUGACAUCUUCAAAAAAAUUAAGAAGUUUCCGGAUAGAGAAUUUCUCUUGCGCGUGUCUUACAUGGAGAUAUACAAUGAAACCAUUACAGAUUUACUCUGCAGUGCUCAAAAAAUGAAACCUCUGAUAAUUCGAGAAGACAUCAAUAGGAAUGUGUACGUGGCUGAUCUCACAGAAGAAGUGGUCUAUACUUCAGAAAUGGCUUUGAACUGGAUCACGAAGGGAGAAAAGAACAGACAUUAUGGAAUAACAAAAAUGAAUCAAAGAAGCAGUCGUUCACAUACCAUUUUCAGGAUGAUUUUGGAAAGCAGAGAGAAAGGUGAGCCUUCUAGUUGUGAGGGCUCUAUCAAGGUAUCCCAUUUGAAUUUGGUUGACCUUGCAGGCAGUGAAAGAGCUGCUCAAACAGGAGCUGAAGGUGUGCGACUCAAGGAAGGCUGUAAUAUAAAUCGAAGCUUAUUUAUUUUGGGACAAGUGAUCAAGAAACUAAGCGAUGGACAGAUUGGUGGUUUCAUCAAUUAUCGAGAUAGCAAAUUAACACGAAUUCUCCAGAAUUCCUUGGGAGGAAAUGCAAAGACACGUAUCAUCUGCACAGUCACACCAGCAUCUUUUGAUGAAACCCUGACCACUCUGCAGUUUGCUAGCACUGCGAAAUACAUGAAGAACACUCCUUAUGUCAACGAGGUAUCAAGUGAUGAAGCGCUUCUCAAAAGAUACAGAAAAGAAAUAGUGGACCUCAAAAAGCAAUUAGAGGAGGUAAAUACAAAGACUCGGGCUCAGGAAAUGGAAAAGGACCAACUGGCCCAGCUUUUGGAUGAAAAAGAUUUGCUUCAGAAAGUACAGGAUGAGAAAAUUCACAACCUAACAAGGAUGCUGGUGACCUCGUCUUCCCUCACAUCACAGCAGGAAUUCAAGGCAAAAAGAAGGCGAAGAGUUACUUGGUGCUUUGGCAAAAUUAACAAAAUGAAGGAUUCAAACUAUGUAAAGGAAUUUAGUAUGCCCGCAACUGUGACAACAAGGACAUCCAGGAGCGCUGUCACUCCCUUAGGGGAAAUUGACGAGUCUUUCUGUUUGGAGUCUGAUACCUUCAGCAAUACUCUUGAUACAUUAACGGAGAUAGAGUGGAAUUCAGCCACAAAGCUACUAACUGAGGAAAAUGUAGAAAGUGAGUUCAACUCACUUCGUGCUAAGUACGAUAAUCUGGUACUAGACUAUGAACAACUAAGAAGAGAAAAUGAAGAAAUGGGAUUAAAAUUAAAAGAAAAAAAUGACUUGGAUGAAUUUGAGGCUCUAGAAAGAAAAACUGAAAAAGAUCAAGAGAUGCAACUAAUUCACGAAAUCACCAACCUAAAGAAUUUAGUUAAGCAUGCAGAAGUUUAUAAUCAGGACCUCGAGAAUGAACUAAGCUCAAAAGUAGAACUGCUCAGAGAGAAAGAAGCUGAAAUUAAGAAUCUGCAGAAAUGUGUAGACUCCCAGAAGUCAGAGAACGCGCCAUCAGACUCACCAUUCUCAUCGGAAAAUAAUGAUGACCUAAAACAAAUGAAACAGUCUUUGUUUGAUGCUGAGACUGUAGCCCUUGAUGCCAAGAGAGAAUCAGCCUUUCUUCGGAGUGAGAAUCUAGAGCUGAAAGAGAAAAUGAAAGAACUUGCAAAUGCUUGCAAACAAAUGGAAAUUGAUACCCAGUUAUAUCAAAGCCAGUUGGAGGCAAAAAAGAAAAUACAAGUUGAUCUGGAGAAAGAAUUACAAUCUGCCUUUAAUGAAAUAACAAACCUCACCUCCCUUGUAAAUGGCAAACUUCCAAAAGAUUUGCUCUGCAAUUCGGAACUGGAAAGGAGAAUUACAGAUCUACAGAAAGAACUGAGUAAAGAAAUUAAAGAAAAUGAAGCUUUACAGAAAGAAAUGAACUCGCUUUCAGAGCUGAAAUCUCUGCUCCCUGAAGUAGAAACGCUAAGGAAAGAGAUACAGGAUAAGUCGGAGGAGCUCUGUAUGAUAACAUCAGAAAGAGACAGACUGUGCUCUGAUGUGAGCAAGAAGGACAGCAGAAUCCAAGGGUUGCUGGAGGAAAUUGGGAGGGCGAAAGAGGACCUGGCCACUGCCCAACUGAAUUAUCAAAGCACUGAGCAAGAGCUUCAAGAUUUCAAAAUCCUUCACGUGGAAUUGGAGCAAAAAUAUAAAACAGUCCAAGAGGAGAAUGAGAAAAUGAAUCAGGAAGUAGGAAGUCUCUCCAGAGAAGCAGAAACCCUUCGUUUGAGUUUGAACGCUAUGAAGACCGAGCUUUCUCAGAACACCCCAGAGCUUCAACAGAAAACAGCCGAGGGUCAAGAAAGACUUCGUGAGGUGGAACAACUAAAGAAAGAGCUAGAGAGGAUAAAUGAUCUCCUGCGAGCUACAGAGGAGGAGAAGGCACUGGUGACCGAGAGGCUGCAGCAAACCCUGGAAGAAGUGCGCAGCUUGGCCCUGGAGAAGGAGGCCCUGAGCCAGCUCCGGGACAGCCUGCAGGCCGAGCAGGAGCAGCUCCGUGGUGACAUCCAGGACACAGUGAGCAUGAACAUAGACACGCAGGAACAGUUACGAAAUGCCCUGGAGUCCCUGAAGCAGCACCAGGAAACAAUUAGCACACUGAAAAUGAGAAUUUCAGAGGAGACAUCCAGAAAUUUUCAUGCAGAGGAAAAAGUCAGAGAAACUGAGCCUGAAUUUCACCAAAAGAUGAAUGGCUUGAAUGUAGAACAGAAUUUGGAAGCUGAAAUGACUCCACUGUUGGCAGAUGUGAUGGACAGUGAGGUAGUUGAACUGCAAAAGAAGAUAUGUUCUUUAAUACAGGAGAAAAAUGAACUCCAACAAAUGUUAGAAAGUAUUAAAGCAGAAAAAGAACAAUUGAAGACUGAUCUAAAGGAAAAUAUUGAAAUGACCAUUGAAAAUCAAGAAGAAUUAAGAAUUCUUGGAGAUGAACUUAAAAAACAACAAGAAAUAGUAGCACAGGAAAAGAACCGUGCCAUAGAGAAAGACGAAGAGCUUGCCAGGACCUGUGAGAGACUGGCAGAAGUUGAUGGAAAGCUAAAGGAAAAGAAUGAGCAACUCCAAGAAAAAGAACAACAGCUCCUAAAUACACAAAAGGAGAUGAGUGAGAUGCAAAAAAAGGUAAAAGAAAUGGAGACCCUACAGUGUGAGCUAAAGAAGCAGGAAGCCAGGAUGGAGCACAUGGAAAUGGAGAGGCUUGAGCUGGCCCAGAAACUACAUGAAAACUGCGAGGAAAUGAAGUCCCUAACUAAAGAAAGAAACGAUCUGAAGGAAUUACGGGUGUCAUUUGAAGUAGAAAGAGACCAACUUAAAGAACACAUAAGCAAAACUGAAGCUGCAGUGCUACAGAAGCAGGAGGAGCUCAGGAUUGCUUAUGCGAAUCUCAAAGAACACCAGGAAACUACUGAUGAGCUUAGACGGCUUGUUUCAGAGAAGACAGAUGAAGUGUCGAACAUGAAGAUGGAUUUAGAAAAUUCCAAUGCUGAAUUACAAGAAAAGAUUCGAAAACUGAACAAGACAAAUGAACACCUACUUCUUAAAUUAAAAGAAGAUGUCAGCGAGACACAGAAACAGCUCAAGGACCAGAGCUUAACGCUAAAUAAAAUGGAAAUGGAAAAUUUAAAUUUAGCUCAGAAACUUCAUCAAAACCUGGAAGAAAUAAAAUCUGUGGCAAAAGAAAGAGAUCACCUGAGGAGUGUGGAGGAGACCCUCAAGCUGGAGAGAGACCAGCUCAGGGAGGCCCUGCAGGAGGCCACAGCCAAAGAUCUGGAAACACAACAAGAACUAAAAAUUGCACAUAAGCAUUUGAAAGAACAAGAAGAAACUAUUGAGAAAUUCAGAGAGAGGCUUUCAGAAAAGACAACUCAGAUUUCAAAUAUGCAGAAGUCUUUAGAUCAAUCAAAAGAUGAAUUACAGGAGAAGAUCCAAGAACUUCAGCAGAAAAAGCUUCAGCUUCUUAAAGUAAAUGAAGAUGUCAAUGAAAGUCAUAAAAAAUUGAAUGAAAUGGAAAAAUUGAGGCAGCAAUUUGAGGCCCACACAGUGUCUGUGCCAAGUAUGGAUGUGGAUAACUUGUACUGGACUAAGAAACUUCAUGAAAACCUAGAAGAAAUCAGGACGGUAGCUAAGGAAAACAGCAAGCUCAGGAGGAUGAAAGAGUCUCUCCAAAGGGACAGAGGCCAGUUCAGAGAAGCCAGGAGGAAAGUGGUAGCUAGUGGGCGUUCAGAGCCUUCCCCUCGCUGUGAAAUAUCUGACCACCGGCCCCGUCGGGAGGCUGUGGACUCUGGAAGGAGGUCACCGGGUGGUGGAGAGCAGCCUCUCCUGGGAAGCCUGAAGGAGAAGUGCCUCCGGAUAGGAGAGCUUCUGAAGAGAUACUCAGAGAUGGGUAGUCAGUAUGAAUGCCUGAAUGGGUUGUGUCUUGACCUGGAGAAGGAACUUGAACUCAGGGAGGAGCUUUCAAUGAAAGUAAAAGCAAACCUCUCACUUCCAUACCCAGAAGCCAGACAGUUUCAGAAACUACUCGCUACCAACCUGAACCGUUCCAUGGAAUUCCAAAGAGUCAUCAAGAAACUUAAGAAUGAACUAAGCUAUGCAGCAGAGAUGAAGGAAGAAGAGCACGGAUCCAUUAAUAAGUUUGAGAUGGCUCUCAUCGAUGAAGUGGAAAAGCAGGAUGAACUGCGCGUUAAAAUGCGGCACUUCCAGCAGGAGGAUGAGGGCCUGUCCUCAGAAUCCAGGCACCGCAAGUUGAACAAGCUUCUGGAUAUGCAUGUCGAGGAAAUUCUCAAAGAUUUCUCAGAAAAUGACUUCCCCAGCAUAAAAAUGGAACUUCAACAGAUACUGAAUAAUAGGAAAGAAAUGAUUAGGUUUUUGGAAGAGUGGUUGAGGACUCACUUUGACAUAGAAAAACUCAAAAAUGGCCUCCAGAAAGAAUACAAGAGCAUUUGCCAAGUGAAUAACUUCUAUAAUGACAAAAUAACUGCCAUGAUAAAUGGGUCGUCGGAGUUCGAAGAAAAAAAUGCUGCCAGACGCAAAGAGUGGGAGCACUACCUGGAAGCGGCGCGAGAGGAGAGCAGAGCUCUGCUCAGAGACAGCCAAGUGCCGGCUGCCUCCCCAGUAUCCCGCGCCAGCAGUGACCCUGCUGCAGGGUCCAACAGGAGUCCUGGAGUCACCCCAGGAGCUGCGCCACUGGCCACACAGAAAAUUCAGGAGCUGGAAACUUCCCUGCGUGAAGCUAAAGAAAGUGCAGUGCAUAAGGAAGACAAGAUUAUAAAGAUGCAGAAAGAACUUGAAAUGUCCCGUGAUGUAAUAUUGAAGCUUCAAGCAAAAGUUAAUGAAUCAAAUAAAUUCCUUGAAAAAUCAAAUGAAAUGAUUCAAGCACUUCAGGACAAAGCUGCUUUAGGAGCUAAGCCAUAUAAGGAACAAAUUGAAGACCUCAAGACGAAACUGGUGAAAUUAGACCUGGAGAAGAAGCAGACUGCCAAGGAAUUUGAGAAGGAAAUUGCUUCUACAAGAGCCACUGUAGAACAUCAAGAUGAAGUGAUACGGCGCUUGAAGGAAAACCUUAGAAGAAAUCAACAGGCUCAAGAUACAUCAAUGAUCGUGGAGUCUGGCAAUACGCAGCACCCCCAGAACCCCCUGACCUGCGGCGGGGGCAGCGGCAUCGUGCAGAGCACCAAGGCGCUCAUCCUGAAGAGUGGGUACCUGCGGCUGGAGAAGGAGCUAGCAAGUCUGAAGCAGCAGAAGGAGCGGCUGGAACAGCAGAAGAAGGAGCUGCUGAGCACUAACCAGCAACUCUCUGAUGAGGUCAGAGCCUGGAAGGAGAGAACCCUCAAAAGAGAGGCUCCCCAAGAAUUGCCCUGGGAGAAUUUGCCAAAUUCACCUGCUCGAGUGCCUGGAACCCCUAAGAAGAGGAAUGACCUCCCUGCUCAGUGUGGGGGGUGCAUCACACAGGCGCCUGCACCCAAGGACUCACCCAAGGCUCGGUUUUUUGACCCCCGUUCCAAGUCCUUUCCAGGCCCUCGUCCAGUUCGCUACUUUGACAAUUCAAGCCUAGGCCUUUGCCCAGAGGAGCAGGCUGUGGGCACAGAGAACAUGGAGCCUAGGGUCCUGCCCAGCACCUCACUGAGGGACGCGCCCGAGUGCCGGAUGCAGUAGGACCUGUGGCCUGCAAGCCAGGCCCGCUUGGGGACGAGUGCUCGAGGCCUGCUGUGUCCUCCUCUCCUCGAUGUCAGUAGCCAGCAGAUGCUUGGCUCAGUUUUUGCUUGGCUGCUGCAAAUUGGAAGAUGAAGAAACAGGAAAAAUGGGAGAAACAGCAAGACCUCACUGUGAUGCUUUUUAAAGGUUGACCUAUUUUAUUUAUUUAUCUAUUGUAGAGAAUAACGGUCUGUCAGCGUUGGCACAAAGUGUACACAGCUUUAUUACAUAUGACUUGGAUGUGAAUAAAAUUAUAA